AUGAACGUUCCGUACAUCAAUGACACUUUUAACAUUAAUGAACUUUCGACGGAUCAACAAAAAUUGUUAAUCGAAAUAAGACGUCGUAAGGCAGAAUUAUUACUUGAAAUACAGCAAUUGAAAGAUGAGUUAUCCGAAGUUGUUAGUGAAAUGGAAAAUAUGGAUUCUAAUGAUGAUAGUAAAAAUCAAACCAAAGCUAAACAAAUAUCAAUUGGUCGUAAAAAAUUCAAUAUGGACCCAAAGAAAGGAAUUGAAUUUCUUGUUGAACAUGGUCUACUAAAUCACAAUGAAGCUGAUGUUGCUGCUUUCCUCUAUAAAGGAGAAGGACUAAAUAAAACGGCAAUUGGCGAUUAUUUGGGAGAACGAAAUGAUUUUAACGAAAGAGUUUUAAGAGAGUUUGUUUCCCUGCAUGAUUUUACUGAUCUCAUACUGGUUCAAGCUCUUAGACAAUUUUUAUGGAGUUUUCGACUUCCUGGCGAAGCACAAAAAAUUGAUAGAAUGAUGGAGUGUUUUGCAGAAAGAUAUUGUCAAUUAAACCCAAAUAUUUUUACCAAUACAGAUACUUGUUAUGUUCUGUCAUUUGCUAUUAUAAUGUUAAACACAAGUCUUCAUAACCCUAGUGUCAAAGAUAAACCAUCAGUUGAGCAAUUUAUACAAAUGAAUCGUGGUAUCAACAAUGGUGGAGAUUUACCUAGAGAACUUUUAAUUAGUUUAUAUGAUAGCAUAAAAACAGAGCCUUUUAAAAUUCCCGAAGAUGAUGGUAAUGACUUAAUGCAUACAUUCUUCAACCCAGACAAAGAAGGAUGGUUAUGGAAACAAGGUGGCCGAUAUAAAAGUUGGAAGCGUCGUUGGUUCAUUUUAAAUGAUAAUUGUCUGUAUUAUUUUGAAUAUACAACCGACAAGGAACCUCGAGGAAUAAUUCCACUAGAAAAUAUUGAAGUACGAGAAGUAUCUGAUCGCCAUAAACCACACUGUUUUGAGUUGUAUGCAGCUCCUGGAACUACGGACUUUAUUAAAGCUUGUAAAACAGAUAGUGAAGGAAAAGUAGUAGAAGGUAAGCAUACUGUGUAUAGAAUGUCAGCAGCUACAGCAGAAGAAAAAGAUGAAUGGACAAAAUGCCUUAAACAAAGUAUUAGUCAUAAUCCUUUUUAUGACAUGUUAGCAGCACGUAAAAAGAAAGCACAAAAAAACAGUGUUCAUGGUCGAAGCUAG